GGUUUGGGUAUUUCGGAUUUCUUGUCAAGAAAUUUCAAGAUGUCUGCUUCAAAGGCGCCAGCGCCGGAUUCCAGGAAGGAAUUUAACAAGCGGCGGAAACUGGUGGAGGAGCGAUUACAAGCCGACUCUUCCGAGUCUGAGAGGAAAUUCUUGGACGCGGCUGAAGUGGGUGACAAGGAUGUACUGAUCGAGGUUUUGGAGACCGAGAAUGUUAGCGUGGAGGCAUUGAAUCUUUCCGGGAGAACCGCUCUAGAUCUGGCCGUUGAUGGAAAUAACAUGGAAAUCGUGGAGUAUCUGCUCCCUAAGUGUUCCCACUCCACUGUCCACAGAGCGCUCCUCUGCGCCGUUGAGAAUGAUCGCAAUGUCAUCUUUGAGAAAAUCCUGGAACACCCAAUGUAUCAGGAGGAAGGUACAGAAGUAGUCAAGGAACUACAACAGGACACCAUGUAUGAAAAUAAAACGUUUCAAAACAAGGACCCCGAGGGGGACAUUCCAAAGGAUCGCAGUUCCUUGCUGAGGGAAGCUCUCACCCUAGCUGCCAGAGAGUGUAACUUUUCCAUUGUGCGAACGCUGGUCCUUCGGGGGGCCUAUAUAGACCCGCCUCACGACUACUUCUGCCUGUGUACCCUUUGUACCACACAAAAGGCUUCCGACAUGAUGCAGUACACAAAAUUACGGUUAGACACUUUCAAAGCUCUGGCCAGCCCCGCCUAUAUCUCUAUCACGGAAAAGGACCCUAUUGUUGGCUCGUUUCAGCUGAGCUACAAGUUCCGAAAACUUUCGGAUAUUGAAAUUGAAUAUAAGCAAACCUAUCUAGAUCUAGACGAGCAGUGUCAGCAGUUCGCCAUCGAUCUGGUGGACCAGUGCCGGACAUCCAUGGAGGUGUCCAAAGUUCUGUCUGGUAAGGUGACCGGUGGGCACGGUGUGGACGAGGAUUCCGAUGGAGAGGACGAUAUGUUGCCCGUCCUCAAAUUAGCCAUGCGUCUUGAGCAGAAACGGUUUGUUGCCCACCCGGGUUGCCAAGCCCAGGUUGCACAGCUGUGGUUCAGUGGUCAACCCGCGCUGCGCUACCUCAAUAGAUUUGGCUACCUGGCAUGUGCUAUACCCGUAGGAAUGGUUGUCAUACCUCUCAUGUCACUUGUUUACCUCAUGCUUCCGUUUAGCAAGGUGGGCGAGCUAUUGAACACCCCGAUCAUGAGAUUUGUGAGUUACACUUGCUCCUACAUUUCCUUCCUGGUGUUUGUCAUGGUGGCAAAGCUCAACUACGGCAUGAGCAUGAAUGAAAUCGGAUGUAACAUCAUCAGUCCUGUACAGCAGGGCUUGUUCGGGUUUCUACUGGUCUGGCUCUUCUCGCUGAUGUGGCAGGAGAGUAAACAGAUAUUCGAGGCUGGCGGGAAGGAAUACAUUUCCUCUUUCUGGAACAUCCUGGACACAAUUAUGUUGUCCUUGUACAUGUGUACGUUUAGUUUGGAGCUGAUUGGUCCACGUGUUCUGCAGAACAUGUAUAUUCGGGAGUACGCGACGACUGGAGAACCGGAUUAUUGCGCCAAACUGAGAGAGAACUCUUUCACUUGUGAAAACAUCUACAAAGACAGACAGCCCUUAAUCGUGUGGGAGCCCAGCUGGUUGCCGGACCCGUCCCUCCUCUCCGACAUCACCUUUUCCAUCGCCGUCCUCAUGAGCAUCAGUCGCUUCUCCUUCAUCAUGCCGUCUAAUGAGCAGUUCGGCACUAUGCUGGUCAGUUUCGGUCGAACGAUGGGGGACAUCGUAAAACUCCUCUCCAUGUUUAUCCUCGUGCUCGUCGCCUUUUCUUGUGGGAUGACGGUUUUGUACGGAGCAGAGGCCUGCAACAACUCCGAGUUUGCUGGAUUAAUCGAGACGAUGCGGACACUGACGUGGGCGAUGUUUGGUAUGGGAGACAGCGCCUCGACGGAUAUAGAGGCUGAGCCUAACCCUUCCUUCCCACUUCGGCCAGAUAUCAUCGCUAACAUCGGUUCCAUCCUUUUCAUGAUAUUUGUCUUUGCAACAGCCGUGGUUCUGAUGAACUUACUUAUUGCUAUGAUGGCUAACACUUUUCAAGACAUUCAGGACGAGAGAGAAGUUGAAUGGAAAUUUGGACGCACGGAAUUAUGGUUGAAUUUUAUAGAGCCCGGAAGUGCUGUUCCUCCUCCUUUUAACAUCAUUCCGAGCACGAAAAGCAUUCUGGGCUUCUGUUCCACACUCAACAACUUUUUCUCUCCACCUCCAAAUGAAAUUGGACUGAUACAAAGAGCGGAAACGGAAAAAGUUCGAAGGGGUGUAUUGUCUCGACUCGUACGGAGAUAUGUCAGGAAGGAGGAGAGAGAUAGGCUUGAAGAAGAUGAAGGUAACUCAGACGAUCUUUUGAAACGAACCCUGGAGAGAGUCACGACUAAGCUUGAGAAACGCCUUGAUCACUUGGAUGAAGAAAUAGCUACACUUGGAGUAGAUCUUCGGAACGUUAUCGACCACCAGAAUUCAAUGACAGAGGAGUUACAGAGAGUUGUGUGAUCACGUAAACAGAUGGCAGCUAUAAUUAAAUUCCCACCAGUCAGUUUUGGUCAAGUCUUAGGGAUGUACUGAAUAUCAUGCUGUUUGUGUUGGUAUGAAGGGGUAGACCUUGAUUGUAAUGAACAGCAGAUGUAUUUCUUUAUUUGAUUUAUGUUUUACGCCGUACUCAAGAAUAUUUCACUUAUACGACGGCGGUCAGCAAUACGGUUGGAGGAAACCGAGCAGAGCCCGGAGGAAACCCACGACCACACGCAGGUUGCUGGAGGCCUUCCCACGUACAACAACAGAUGUACUCCACCGGAUUUGUAUGAUCAGGGAUCAGAUAUUACACUGUCAAGAGGGGACACCGUUCAUGUAAUGCGAAAUCCCGUUUCUAAGUGUGAGAUAUUUUUCAAAAUUCUAUCACUGACACGUGAACACGAGUCUGUAUGAAGACAAACAUUCGACAUAAAGCAUUUUUAUACCCUGUCAUGUAAGUCAUCUCACUGUCAAAUGGCUGUACUCCACAGGUUUUGCGGGAUCUAAUGCCAGGUAUCACACCAGGUAUCAAGUGCUAUACUUCAUCACUUUUCUGUAUUCAGAUGUCAGGUAUCACACUGUCAAGUGGCUGUACGUGUACUUGACAGUCUUGUGUGGUCAGAGGUCAGUUAUCACACUAUCGGGUUGCCGUAUGUGUACUUGACGGUUUUGUGUGGUCAGAGGUCAGUUAUCACACUGCAAGUGGCUGUACAUGUACUUGACGGUUUUGUGUGGCCAGAGGUCAGUUAUCACACUAUCAGGUUGCCGUAUGUGUACUUGACGGUUUUGUGUGA